AUGCGCGAGCAGUUCUCAGAGCAAUACCACAAAAGCCCCGUCUUGUUUCCCUUUGCGAUUGCGACCAUCGCGCUCGUGGCGGGUAUCUGCGUCUUCUACAUACCCUGGUACUACAAAAACGUCAUCAUAAAACCCUACCACAACUUCCCCGAGCCCGUCGCCAAGAAGCUGCGGAAAGCCUUGUUCUAUUCUCGCGGGAAAUGGCUCGAUAUUCGCGAGGCGAACAAGCAUUUCCGGCAGGCGCUUGCCCUUGCUGAUGAGAUGGGCAUGGAUCCGUUUAGCGACGAGAUCAUGGGAGUGAAAUACACCAUUGCCGCCUUGUUCGAGGACGCCGGGUACUACAGCCUGGCUAUCGAUGUGUUGGAGAUUAUGCGGAAUGACUGCCAGAAGUGGGUCGACGAGUUUUCGGAUAAGCACUGGACGACGGGGAACAGGAGCAGGGUGAAGAAGAAUAUGGUGCAGAUUAAUCUCAAGCUGGGCCAGCUCUACGACGUGAGAUAUGUCAAUGAGCCGGAGAAUGGAGAAAAGCGACUAGUCGAGGCUGUUGAGAGUGCGCUCAAGGAGCAACAAAGGCGGGAGAGGGACGGUGUUAAGAAUGGCGAGGGGCCAUGGCUGACCAACGAUGAGAUGGGUGGAGUGCUAGAAGCUCUUGGAACACACUACGAGCAAUUCGACUCACACUACCUCGCUGCGCCGCUGUUCGUCAAGGCGCUCCAGCUCUGCCCACCAACAUCAUGCCACAGCGUCGUCCUAAUGAACAAUAUAUCCACCUGCCUCGUCCAACAAACUCCUCCCUCCACCACCGACGCCAUCACCAUGGCCCCCGAACCCUCCGACUUCCCCGUCUCAAACUCCGCUCCCCGCGCCCUCCUCAUAGACCAAGCGCGGCAAUGGGCCGAGCGCGCACUAGCACAAGCAGCACACAUCAAGGCGCCAGAGCGGAAUGAAGAGUGUGAUGUGGGCUGUGCGGUUGCGACACAUAACCUGGGUGAGUUUUUCGAAAUGGAGGGCAAGCUUGGUGAGGCGCGGCAGAGGUACGAAGAGGCGGCUAGUCUGGCCAAGAAGAUGGGGUUCAAGGACGGGUUGGUGAAUGCGAGAGCGGGUAUCAAGAGAUGUAAGGAUUUGGAGAAGGCGUGA